AUGGGUUCCAUGCAUAAGCAAAAACGGCCGAACUUCCUCAUUAUCGUGGCCGAUGACCUUGGAUACAGCGACGUGGGGUGCUUCGGGGGUGAAAUUUCAACACCCACUCUUGACAGACUCGCCAGCACUGGCGUGCGGUUAACCAACUUCCAUACCGCAUCAGCAUGUUCGCCGACCCGAUCAAUGCUGUUCUCUGGAACCGACAACCACAUUGCAGGGCUGGGCCAAAUGGUCGAGCACAUGGCAAAGGACGUCAACUACAAAGACCAUCCCGGAUAUGAGGGCUAUCUGAACUUUCGAGUGGCCGCGAUGUCCGAGAUAUUGCAGGACGCAGGGUAUCAAACGAUUAUGUCUGGCAAAUGGCACCUCGGUCUCACAAAAGACACAUGCCCCCACGCGCGCGGGUUCGAUGAAUCGUUUGUCUUCCUCUCCGGCUGCGGCAAUCACUUUAAUUAUGAGCCGCAGCUGGAUGACCCGUCGCAUGCCCUCUUCACGCCUAUGAAUGCAGGGAAGUUCUGGAUGCGCAACUGCAAAUAUUUAGACAGAACAAAUCCUCAACAUGUUCCAGCGGACUUCUACUCGACGACAUCUUUUACCGACGAGCUGAUCAAGUACCUCGACGCGAGAAAAGAUAGAACGCGGCCUUUCUUCGCGUAUCUGCCCUUCACAGCACCUCAUUGGCCUCUGCAAGCUCCACGGAAGCUGAUCGAGAAGUACAAGGGCACGUAUAACGAUGGUCCAGAGGGUCUGCGGUCGAAGCGACUCCAGAAUUUGAUCGAGAUGGGUAUCAUAAAAGCUGACGUGGAGCCUGCACCGGUUACUAUGCCCCCGUCGAUGGAGUUAUCUCGGUGGGAAAACAUGACCGAACAAGAACGCGCCGAAUCAACACGUAAGAUGGAGGUAUUCGCUGCAAUGGUAGACUCGAUAGACGAGAACAUUGGUCGGGUGGUGCGACAUCUGGAGCAGAGUGCGGAACUGGAUGAUACGUUCAUUUUGUUCAUGUCGGAUAAUGGCGCCGAGGGAGCCAUGCUGGAAGCGCUUCCGAUGAUGGGCGGACCCGGCUCGGUAAACAGGAUCAUCGACAAGUACUACAAUAACAGCCUGGAGAACAUGGGGAUGGGCGACUCCUAUAUCUGGUACGGAGCGGAGUGGGCGUCCGCUUCGAUGGCACCAUCGAGGGGAUUCAAGACAUGGAUCACUGAAGGUGGGAUCCGAUGUCCCUGCGUGAUCCGGUAUCCGCCCCUCCAUGCGUCCUCAGCGAAGUUGGCUGGAGGAUCGACAACCGACUCUUUCUCAACGGUGAUGGAUAUACUCCCCACAAUCCUCGACCUUGCCGGGGUAGAGCACCCAGGAAGCAACUUCAGAGGAAGAGAGGUGGUGCCAAUGCGCGGAGCGAGCUGGACACCACAUCUGGGCGGGCGGCAGGCAGGCUUCCACGACGAAGAGAAGGAAAUAACCGGCUGGGAGCUGUUCGGUCUGCGCGCCAUCCGAGAAGGACACUGGAAGGCGCUCUAUAUGACGGUUCCUCGUGGCAAAGAUGCCUGGGAGUUAUAUAACCUUGCCGACGACCCUGGCGAGAUGCACGAUCUCGCCGAGAAGGAGCCGAAGGUGCUGGAGAGGUUGGUGAAGCACUGGGAGACGUACUACGCGGAGACAGGCAUGUUUGAUCCAGGCCAGGAGUUUAAGUAUACCAUGUACGCAUAG